AUGGACGAAAAAGAUGAUCGGUCUGAUUGGGGAGGAUUGGCUCCAGAGAUACUCAUCAACAUCAUUUCAAGGUUAACGAUUCAGGAGCGAUGGACGGGACCGAUGUUCGUCAGAAAAUCGUGGCUAACCGUUUGCAGAGAUCCGUAUCUAUGGUCUAUCUUCGAUCUGGAGCCAUGGUUCGAGUCAUACCCCGAGUCGACUCGCUUGUGGUCCACUGAUUUCGAGCAGAAGGGAGACUCAAUGCUCCGAUCAGUCGUUGAUUGGAGCGACGGAGGAUUAACCGAGAUCCGUGUCCGCCAUUGCAGCGACCACGCGCUCUCUUACGCCGCCGAUAGAUGCCCGAAUCUCCAGGUUCUUGCCAUUAGAAGCAGUCCUAACGUGACAGACGCAUCGAUGACGAAGAUAGCGUCCCGGUGCAGGAGUUUAAAGGAACUCGAUAUCAGUUACUGUCACGAGAUAUCUCACGACACACUUGUGGUGAUAGGUAGGAACUGUCCCAAUCUCACGACCCUCAAACGCAACCUUAUGGAUUGGUCUUCUCGGCACAUUGGCUCUGUUCCUACAGAGUACUUAGAUACUUGUCCUCAAGACGGAGACACAGAAGCUGACGCGAUCGGAAAACACAUGGUUAAUCUAGAGCAUUUGGAGAUUCAGUUCUCUAGAUUAUCGGUCAAGGGACUCGCUUCGAUAUGCGAGGGUUGUCCGAAUCUAAAGUACUUGGACUUGUUUGGGUGUGUGCAUUUGUCAAGCCGUGACAUUGCGAACAAUGUGUCAAGGCUGAAGUUGCUUAAGGAGGUGAAGAAGCCAGCUGUUUAUGUGCCGAGGGGAGGGGAUGUGGCUCAGACGGAGAGGUACGGACAUUGGAGACUCUAUGACGAGAGAUUCGAUAUACAAUCCAUGAGGAUCUGA